UAGCUCCGCCGCUAGUCACCUUUUACCAGCGGAGAGGGAAGCAACCAUACUAUGGAAGCAACAUUGAGGGGGGGUUUAAAGAAAAAUAAUUCUGCAGACAACGUCAAAGAAUUGAAGUGGUACACCAUGGUUUGCGAGAAACUGCAACUAUCCACUGCAUUUGGAAUAAACUAAACGUGUUCGUGGUCAGGAGUGCGCGGAAGUUUGUGUUUACUAAUGUUUUAGGAGCUAACUUAGCUGGUUGGCCCUGUUAGCUUGUUAGCGAGGAAGGUGCGCGCUGUUUGGACUGCUGGACUUUACCAUUUACAACUAGCCCAACUUAAAAGGGAAAUUCUGGUUAUAUCCUAACAUUUAAAAAAAAGCGGUUUGGAAGAUCUUGCGGCGGCUUGCUGAUUUGGCAAACUCAGGUAGCUAGUGCGGACCAAAAGCUUUGAAUUUUGUGGGGUCGUGUCACACACAAACAGCUCUGAUACAUGAAGAGAGAAAACGCAUUUUAAGUCACGAUCUUACAUGUAAUAGGUCAGCUCAGCGCUAUCGACCAUCCUCUCGUUCCCGUGUAAGCUGCUACGGAUGACCCAUAGGAUUGCAACCCGUCUUCCUCAUCGGACCUAGUUAAUCGUCUUCGUCCGUGAUGGGCCCCCUGUUCAGCUAGUACGACGCGUGGAAACAAUCUGCAGCCCAUUAACCAUGGGAGGAUGUGUGGGGAGAUACUUGCAAGGCUGGGAGGACACACAGAGCCGAGGCUCGUCCAGGAACGGUGCACGAGGAGGACGUAACGAGCCUCUAAAGAAAGAUCGUCCCAAGUGGAAGAGCGACUAUCCGAUGACCGAGGGCCAGCUACGGAGCAAGCGGGACGAGUUCUGGGACACAGCGCCGGCCUUCGAGGGCCGGAAGGAGAUCUGGGAUGCCCUGAAAGCUGCGGCCGUGGCCUUGGAGUUUAACGACCACGAGCUGGCCCAGGCUAUAGUGGACGGAGCCAGUAUCACACUGCCACAUGGUACUCUCGCCGAGUGUUACGACGAACUGGGGAACCGCUACCAGCUGCCUGUCUACUGCCUGGCUCCACCCGUCAACCUCAUCUCAGAGCGCAGCGACGACGACCCCAGCGAUAGCCCCGAACCCCCUGUAGCACCCAAGAAGGAGUUCCAGCUCAAGGUACGACUGUCUACGGGCACGGACCUGCGCCUCAACGCCAGCAUGGGGGACACCAUAGGGCUCCUGAAGAAGCAGCUGCAGGCCCAGGAGGACAUCGACGGCGCCCACCAGCGCUGGUUCUUCUCUGGGAAGCUGCUCACGGACAAGACGCGACUGCAGGACACUAAGAUCCAGAAGGACUUUGUCAUCCAGGUCAUCGUCAACCCGCAGGCCCUCCGAGCCCCGAAGCUGUCAACCACAGCCUCCUCGCCUGCGCCUGCAUUACCCGAGGACCCAGAGGAUAGAUAGAUGGAGGGAAGGAAGGUGCAGCUGGUAGUGAGGUGGGUGGCCGACACUUAAAGGUCCUUUUUCUGGAUAACUUAUGCUUUCUGAGAACAGUUUCUGUUAUUGAAAUAAAAUUGUACUGUGGAGGUACAACGCUACUUUUGUAGUAAAAACAUGAGGGAGAAACUCAAAAGUGCUGCUUUCUUUCACCUACUAUGUGUCAUUGUAUCAUUCUCGGGGUCUGCUGGCUUGUUCUUUUAAGCGAAUCCAGUCACCACGCUAACUCUGAAGAUUCUCGUCCCCUUAUCUCCAAGUAAAGGCCAGAACUUGUCAGCCACAGACAAAAUGUGCACGUCAUGCUGCACACGCGGACUUGCCUCUGCCCCCUUUUUUUUUUUUUUUUUUUUAAUCUGCACUAACACUAACUAAGUGCCAAUGGAAGAAAUGCAGAGGAGUUUUGGGUUGGUUCUAAAGCACAGUUCUACAAUGACGCACACGGACUCUGCACCGCAAUCCCUUUCUCCUCCACAGAAAGAGGAGGGGGAGGCAGAGAGUGAGAUACGGAACACCCCCCUCCCCGCCCCAUUCUUUCUCUUUGUUGAGGAAAUAAUGUAAACUGAGCUUUUUUGCACAUUUGAAGAUUAUUACUAUACUUUUGUGGUAGUUUGUGUGCCUUCUACAAGAUAAAAAAAAGGGUUUAAUGUCCUGCAGAUGCUAACCGCUAGGCUAAGCCUUCUGUAUUUUUUUUUUUUUAGAUUCAGGAACUCUUACAUCGAUCCAAGCUAUAACUGCUGCCUUUUUUUUUUUUUUUAAUGAUGAUUUCAUGAAUCUUACGGACAAAACAUUUGGUGUGUGUGUGUGUGUGUGUGUGUGUGUGUGUGUGUGUGUGUGUGUGUGUAAAAUGAUUAUGUAUUUGGCCCAUAUAAUUUCACUUUGACGUAGCUCAUAGAGACAAGACUGUUUUCCCGGUCAUAGCCUUGUAGUCAAUCAUGUCGUAUUGUAUCGAGAAAGAGAAAUUCCCAUGCACAAAUUAUUGUCUUAAAAGCUGCAUUAUUGACCACUUUAUAACAUAAUAUAUAAUAAUAAAUAGAUAGAGAUAUAUAUAUAUCUCUAUCUAUCUAUCUGUCACAUUUGUUCGCUCGAUGUUUGACUUUCUUCACCAGCAUUCAGACGGCUGGUGUGAGCUUGUUUGCCAGAAAUGGCUGCCUAUCGUUUCACACGUGGGAUUGUUGAGAGCCAUUAGGAGUCUAUACGGAGCGGUGAACCAAAACAAUGAGCUGAGGGCCCCAAAGAACUGUCGAAUUAGGUGUUGAUUCUCAUUGGACCUCAUUACAGGAAGUCAUUUGUUUUGGUGUUGACAUCAAACAAUUGUUUAAAGGGACACUCUAGCGAUUUGGACGUUUUCUCAUAUGAACCCCGGUUAACGUCCACCGGAUUAGGCGCGGACAAUGUCCGAAGCUGCCAUUUCACACAUUGUAGCACACGACAGCAGAUUGUCGUGUCAUGUGUUCUCGCUUACUGGCAAUACUCUGUUUGGUUUAGACGAGGGGUGGCGCCAAGGUAAAGUGCACAGCAGACAGGACAUGAAGAGGAUUACACCACGGGACACGUAGCUGAUUCAGAAUUUGGUCGUAAACGAUGGAGUCUCUUGCCGUCCCCUGAAUGUCUGAUGAUUAAGGAGUCAGCCCUAACACACACCAACUGAACCGACAGAUUUUCCUGAGUCAUGCCGUCUCUGCAGUUAAGACAUUUUCGCUUGCGUCCUCGUGUAAAUGAAUUAGGAUAGGAUGUUUCUUUUCUUCCAGUUUUGCGCAAGCCCCAUGAUCGAAAUGUCAUUAACACUGCCACUCGCUGGAGUGGAGAUUGGACAUUACACAGACUUUGUACGAGGGAGCUGGCCAUGUAAAGUUGGUUUAAUGUCCGGUCCAACUGAUUCGGUAGGGAAGUCGGGGCAUGUGAAAUUCCCUAGAUAAAGAAUAAUCUCGUGCAGAACAGGUCAAGAAACAUUCAGUCUUUUGAACAAGCCAUUUAGCCUGUUUUUCAGGUUGACGCUGCGCACGACCUGCCUUUAGCCUGUGUAUAUAGAAGUACAGUGCAGCUCUGAUCAUUGUUGCACAGCAAACAUUGUUUUGAAUUGUUCCACCAGGUUUGUCACCAACCACAGUGGCUGCCAGAGGAAAGAAACGCGUCAACACAAAUUGCCUUGAAUUUAUGCUGCUAAGUUCCCAUUAUGCCUGGCAGUGUGUGUGGUAAAACACUGUGGCUACAUUCACGCUGCAGCUCAGAUAUUUCCCCUAUCAAAUGUGACCCAUCCGAUUUUUUUUGUCUAAGCACUGUGAAUAUCAAUCCCGGCUGCAUUUAGUUUCUUGCUCCCAUGGAUCGUAUGUAAGCAAUCCUAGCACGCCAUUUAUCUGAACUCUGAAAUCACAGUGAUUUCACAGUUAUAUGUUAGACUACAUGGCAGCUUUUCUGAGCAGUGUGUUAGCACAUAAAGCAACAUGACACAUGGGGGGGGGGGGGGGUUGACAUAUCCAGAUAUACAAUUCAAGUGUACACGGUAUACAGUUCCAUUUGAACUUGGCUCGCAGGACUGAAAGAAAGUACAGUAACCUGAUAGGACAGAGUGAUCGGUUCCAUUCAGGCUCAGGCUCUUUGGUAGCGUGAAUGUUCCAGUUAAAAUUUUUCAUUUUGAAUUUCGGUGUGUGAAUUUAUCCAACUUGAGCAACUAGACUUUUUGACCUGGAUAUUUAGAUCUGCAAAAUGACAAAAUUUGAGAAACCUGAAUUAUUGUUUUUUUCAAAGGGGCUGUACUCAGUGUUCUGAACACUAAAAUAGCAGUAAACAUUUUCUAUGGAAAGAAAUAGCGGAGUAAUGGUGUCCUGAGCAGAGAAUGAAGUCACACUUUGUGUGUGUGUGUGUGUGUGUGUGUGUGUGUGUGUGUGUGUGUGUGUGUGUGUGUGUGUGUGUGUGUGUUAAUCCGAGCUUCUCUGUUUUUUGUCUUAUCCGGUCCAGCCGUGCGUGCACGUUAGCGCAUGUGAGUGCCUUGUGCGUCGGUAUCAGACGCGAGGGCCGUGACAAAGCAUCUGUAUUUGAGGAGUCGGGGGAACGGUCUGUGAGAACCGUGUGGAAGCAGCCUUUUUUUUUUUUUUCUUCUUCUGAAUAUCGAGUACAGCCUCCCUAAAUAUUGGACACUUUAAUGUUAUAUUGGUUUUUUGAAUCUUUUUCAAAACAAAAACAAAUACAAGGGCACUCGGGGAACGCAAACAAGAACGCAGACCGCCGCCAAGGCCUUGCCGUACAACAUUAGGAUUUGAGAGGGCGUUCGCGUGAAUUUUCGGGAACUACUUUUCACCUAUCAUUCCGACACCACAUGUCCAUCCAUUUGUGUAUGUGCUCUGUGAUUCGGAUCCGCUCCAAAAAUGUAAUUUGGUUCUUCCUUGGUCCAUGCGACACCCUUCCAACAAGUUUCAUGGAAAUCGGGCCAAGUAGUGCUUUUUCGUAAACGGACAAGCAAACUGAAAACAUGACCUCAUUGGCGGAGGACGUUUUUUUGAGAUUGCACAACCUACUAGAAAUU